UAGAAAUGCUGUUCCCCCAGAAGAGAGGGAAUCUAGGCCUCUUUACCUCAGCUGCUGCCCCAGUGACCUCGCCUCAGACACUCUCUGUCCAGUCAACUUUUGAUAACACAAACUUCAUGUCACCCCUUCUUGUCUUGUGUUGCCUUUCCUUUGCCUUCAGUGUUUCUACACCGUGGUGACUAAGGAACCACUGCCAGUCUGUGCCGCUUCCUGUGACUGGUUUCGGCUGGUACAAGACUCUUGUACCGUGGAUUCUUUUCUGUUGAAACCACUUCCCCUCUAGACAGAGUUCGAACCUGAGACCCUGUCACCAUGAACUUCUUUCAUUCCUGAGCCCAUAUCACGGUGCACAGGCCGUAAAUCUAGAGCCAGACGACGGUUACAGGAAGAGGACUCACCGAGCCGAGCGGCUGAACAAAGAAGCUGCUGUCUGAUGUGUGUUUGGGGUCAAGACAGUAACUCUGCUCUCUCUCCUACUUUCCUCUUCACGCCUGGUUUCAGCCUCUUUUGUCGCCGUCGCCUUGUUUGUGUCUGCGCACACGGUUGUUUGGUCUGGUGAGACGACUCAGUCUGGAACACGCUCGCUCACACAAGAGCGGGCGAGUGGAGUCAUGCGGAGGAUCAGAGCGGCCCAGAUCUUGUCAGGACCAGGUGUCGGGACCAGCGAAGGUCUCACUGAGACACGGAAAGCAGCUUUUCACAUCAAGUCUUGCUCAAGUGAAAGCUCAGAUAGUGAGAGUUUCAACGAGAGCACAGCGUCCUUGUCAGAUUUAUUUCUCAUUUGUCAAACCCUCAUCUUUCACUCGAUCUUUCUACCGAUAACUUAUAAUACUCAUAGAAGUUUACAUUUUUUUCACCAACUUCCUUUCACCCCGACUUUUUGAUGAAGUAGCGGUGACAGUUGUUUUAUUAGUAUUUUAUUCUCUGUAUUUCUGAGAAUCCUCUGUCAGUCAGUACACAAAAGCACAGACAGGGUUUCUUAAAUACACAAACGUACUGGACUGAGGUCAACGCACGAGCUACAUAGGGGAGCGCUGUUUUUAGGAAUUUUGUUUUGGCAGCUGCUGAACGUUCUGGCUGGUGGUGCGGACAUGUUGUGCUCGCUCGUGCUCUAAAUAUUUGGAUAUUAUGUCUGAUGCAGUUCAAACACCCCAGUUUGCAUGCCUCAGAUGUUUUUAUGUUUGUGUUGCUCUGUCCAUCCUGACAGGAAGUAGAGGUGCGGCCUGAAUCGGUGUCCAUCUUUGUGUUAUACUAUCUUCUGUAAAAGCUGUUGUCCAAACAUAUCUAUCAAUAGAAAGGCCUCCAUUACAUUUCCACCUAAAUUGUAACGUUUUUACCCCAAUAUUUUCUCAUUUCCAGUCUCAUUUACGUUCCGGUUGUGUUCAGAAUUCUCACUUACACCAUAUGGUUAUGUAGUAUUUUCAAGUUGGAAAUUCUGAAAAUCCCCACCACUCUAAGUCUAAGAAAUAAACGUUUGGAAUCCAUGGUCUCUGAAUGCUUUGAUCUAGACCUUGGCACAUGACUGACACGACUGACGGUGCAGCAGAUGCAAUUGGAAUCGAUAGAAACAUUCCAAACUGAUUUUGUUUAGUUGAUGUUGGCUUGUUUUUCAUGAUCCAAACGGCUGACUGUACUGCAACACCUCAGUAUAAAAUGAAAUACAAAGAAACAGAACAGGGCUCAAUCUCAGAGACAAAGCUGGACUACACGAGUCAUGGGCGGAGCAACUUGGUGGCCGUCCUGCAGGCCUUCUGGAGGCGGCGCAGGGCAUAGCGUCAUUUUUUGGGAGGCGGCAAGGAGCUACGACAAAGAAAAUAAAAUCGCCAAGUGUGCGCUUGCCAUCCGGUCAUGCAGGCAAGCCAUGAACCAGCAAGCGCUGCCAGCGUGCCGUGACACGUGCCAGUGUGCCACCUCCAGUUGGGCUGGAGAAAGGGUGUGUCAACGGAAUGGCACUACUUGAUAGUAAGGCUAGACCUUCACUAUCACACACGAUGAUGCAUGAUGCACGUUCCAUCAGCAGUGAAAGUUCUGGCUCUGUAUGUUCUGUCAGCUGCAUGGCUGGUACCGCGAAAGUGAGGAAGAGCUCAUUGGGGAAAACUCAUUCAGUGAAGGUUUUUUUGUCUUUCACCUGAUGCUUUCAGUUUCUCUCAUAUCAUCAUCACCACGGCUGCUCUGAAGUCACAGACUGAUCUGUUUCUUUUUUGGAUCUGAAUGAGCAACACCUCGUAAAGUCAACUGCUUGUGGUAACCAGAACAAUGUGAUCCAGGUGGCCGUGAUGUUCGCCCGCAAUUGACUAGUGAAGUUGUGUGUCUGCGCACUCGAGCGAAACAAUGAAGAUGCUUCAUUAAUGUGCUGCACAAACACCGACACACAGUGAUCAGCAGUUGUGCGUUGGUGUGUACGACUGAGCUGGUUUAUUUUUGGCUGUCAAAUUGAAACAAUCUGUCUCCAACAACUCAAGAUAAUGUGUUGGCCCAUUACACGUUCAUUUUUGUUCUGUAUAGUCGUUCACUGCAACACAGUGUGUGUCUUUCCUUCAGUGUGUGUUUGCUUGGAUCCGCUCACUGGCUUGUUAAUGAUUUUAUCUCCCAUCGAUUUUGAUGACACAAAACUUUGUUAGUGGCCUGGCUUCACUGUGUGUGUGUGUGUGUCAGUGGUUUGAGACCACAACAGUGGUUGUCUCCAACCUCCAGGCUGGAAUUGUAAUGAGCAUCCCUCCCUCUCCUCUCUCAGACACAUUUGCACUCUCUCGCUCCCACACACACACACAGACACACACACACACACACACACACACACCCUCUCAGACUCAGACAAGCAGCUGAUAAUGAGGUUUGAUUUUCAUAUGUUUCAGACAGAAUGCUUUUGCAGGUCAGCACACACACACACGCACACGAACACACCUCCAGAUUGUGUAUGUGUGUCACUGCCAUCCGUGUGCAACGUCCCUCUCUCCUCCAGCGGCUGUGAUGCUAACUUCAGGUCUUCCUGCUGAUGUUGUCACACACUAUUAGUGGCAUGUUUAAAAACGUGUGAGGGAGUUUAUGAAGCUUUCGCCACAACUUGAGCAUCACAACUCAAACAUGGAGAUCCGCCUCUCAACUUCUGAGUUCAUGAUGGACUGGUGAUUGUGAGUUUGUCGCUAAUGCAUCUGCGUCUCAACUCACAAAUCAUAUCACCAUAUUCCUAAAUGAGUCCAACACCUGAGCUCCGUCUCCAGCAGCUUUACUCUUGACUCGGAGUGGUCGGAGACGCUGUGUAGUUUCAGCUCCCCUCCAUCUGCAUGACUUCAUCCGACUGGCUUGUUUCCGUCCAGAUGUUUUGCACAUCGUCCACGUGUUUCCAGAAAGGUGCAACAUUGUUACAUAACUCUGACUCGCAUUUUUUCCGUCCUGCUCUGAUGAGUUGUCCGAUCCUCUUUUUUCCUACGGGUGAAGUCUGUGACGCUGUGUUGUGGUCAUCAGCCCAGAGAAAAUGCUUUGUGAUCGAAGCUGAAGACUCUCUCUGGUUUUCAUUUUACUCAGCGCAACUCAAGGAAACAAUGGCUCUAAAGCAGCUCAACUCAAAAGCAUGUUUACCGGUCGCUCACUUUGCAUGAGCCGCUCUCCCUCAGCGCCUGAGUCUAGACAGGAGGAGGCGAGUACCUGCGGCAGCGAGACGCUCCGCCGCUAAUCCUCAGCAAUUAGAUCAUUUGUCAUUCUCCGCCUGAUCUCCGGGCUCCUCCUGCGCCCACGCAGGCUGCUAAAGGUCACCGGAGGUCACUGCCGAGUCACACACACCACAGAGAGGGAGGGAGGUAGAGCAGUCCGUUCAUCCUGUAGAGGGCGACACUCCGGAGGAGGCGUGUAAAGCAGAGACAUUAUUAACUGAGGGACACAUCAUGUUCAUGAUCAAAUGUUGCUUAUGAGACUCACAUUAUAAAAUCUGAAUAAGUGGAGACAAGUCAUGUUUGACAUUUAUACUGAGCAGUGUGAAGUAAUGACCAUUAAAACAAGAGCUUUUAGGAAAAAAAGUUGUGAUGUUGUUGACUAGCAGGAAGUUUGAGAAUGACGCAAGACUCAAAAUGAAGAAGAUGCUACAAUUAGAUUCAAGUUAUUUGACAUGAACGCAACAAUUCUGUGGCUACAACUCUAACAUUCUAAGGAAAGAGAAACUGUGGAUUUGCAAAAGUCGUUGUUUUGUGGCUCCUUGUUGUUGUGAGUCGCCUUGAACCUGUGACUCUGAAGGUUGUCAGUUCAAGGCCGCGGGGCUCUCAAAUCACAAGGUUUGAUUAAGAGACAUUCCUCGUGGUUUCUGCGUCAGUACGAAGUAUUCUGGUGAGGAAAGCGUGAAAGAGCGAAGCACAGAAAAGUUGAAGCGUGAAGAAGAAAGGCGAGAGAGGAGCUAAUUCAUCCCCCUCCUCCUCCCUCCGUCCUCAGAUGACUCGACAGUCUGGGUAGUCAGAAAUAGCCCAGACAGCUGAAUGUGUGUGUGUGUGUGUGUGUGUGUGAGAGAGAGAGACUGCGUGAGGGAGGGGGGCGAGGGGAGGUCAUAGGUGCACACAACUUGCUUUGCCGAUUUCCAUGAGAAUGACUCGGGAGGGUCGGGGGGAAGGUUGGACACACACACACACAAUCUGACUUUAAAGCCAUGGUCAUGGUGCAGCCAACAAGUGUGGGAACUUCGCUCCCCAAAACUCCCACUGCUGGUUUCCUCCAAGUGGUACGUGCGUGUUACGUAACAUCCCCACUCCCUCUUGUGGUCGCUCCCUUUCUUCUCAUUUAUCAUCAACACAAAUAUUUUGAGCCCCUCGUGAGUUUCUGAGCGUUCCCGCCCAGCUAAAGUCGGAACCUUUGAGCAGGUCCAGUGAGAAUAUUGACUGUCUGUUGUCAUUGAGCAGACGCUAACACCAGAGAGGAAACUGAAGUUCGCAUCCCUGCCGUCACCCAGAAGACGACAGACGGCUAAACUUAGCGUGUUAAUCCAGGGAACUCCCGCGCUAACAAGCCACCUGGAACGCCAGUUAUGCCAACACCAGCAGCAAAUGGGUCAGAGCGAAGGCAAACACCAGGAGGAUUGCCCCGUUCACACUCUCACCGUACUGAAGCUCUUGACCUUGCACCUUUCUGAUGUCGAACUUUCCACAGGAUUCUUUGUCUCUGGCUGCUGUUUUUAUAACAAAACACUAUCAGAAUCAGAAAAACUUUAUUAAUCCCGAGGGAAAUUUUGUUUGUAACUUAAUAUGCUCUGUAAACAACCAAAGUAUAAAAUAUAAAAGCUGUUUUUAACAUACAGUGUAGGAAAGAGGAAAAGAAGGCGAUGCACAUAGUGUACAUAAAGACGGACAUGGAAGUGGACUAUAUACAAUGUGCAAAAAUAAUAACAGAUUGAGAUUAAAAAAUGUGCUAAAAAAUCAUUCAUGGUCAAUUUGACAGGGAUGAAUAAUACAGUGUUUUUGACACAAGAAGAAAGGACCUCCUGUGGCGCUCAGUCUUAGAUAGGUAGUCCCAGUCUAUUGUGUCACACUUGGUGAGCUUGAGUAGAAGACUGAACCACAGAGUCAGAAACAAAGGAAGCUGCUUAUGUAACUGAGGUGCUACCAUCCCCACCGGUGUUAGCAAGUUAACUGCGAACAUCAGACUUUGGGUGCUCUCCAUGGCAAUUCCCAUGUAACAUCCUGUCACCCAGUGUGAGAUUUCCAAAAGGGGGGAGAAUCCUCAACACCCCAAGUACGCAAUCCAAGAUGGCUUCCUCAAACUUAAACCUAAAUCAAUGACAUACACCAAAAUAAAGCGAAUUUGUGUUUCCUCUCCAACCGGUGGGUUUUGUGGUUGCAAAGAAUUGAUCAAAGUUGCUUGUAUCUGGUCAAGGCAUGCGUGAGAAUAGCUCUCAUGGAUGUCACUAUCUCUUUUUCCGACUCUGAUAACUGGACUGUGUUGAAGUGAGCUGUGACGUCAUCUCUCACUUCUGUGGUCUGGAACGCAGCAAUCGUCCACAUCACGUUGCUAGUUGUUGACGUUCUGUUUCUGUGAUUUGAUAUCUGGAGUUUUAACGUCUUAAUAAGCCAAACUAAAUUUGGUAUAAGUCCUGUUUUCUGUCAUCAAUUUGACAUCAGUUUUUUGGGUCGACAGAACCAGGAGUCCCAGUUUAGUGGACAGAUAUUUUCAGACUGUGGGAACCAAGGAGUAACCUGAGCCUGCAAAUGUCCUGUGUGUAGAUGUGUUGAGGAUGUUCUGAGCUAAGUGGAGGCCUUCAGACUUGGACCCCACCUUGCUCCCAUCAGUAUUCUGCCUGUCUUUCUGACCCAUCUGUCUCCCCCAGACGCUCCCACCACUCCCCCCCUCCUCCUCCCUCACAUUGACCCCCUUUUGUUCACAGCUAUUUGGUUGGUUGGUGUACAGAGUUGAUGUCGGGGGUAGGGUUGUCUGGUCAGCUGUUUCCUCAAUGUGUGUGUGUGUGUGUGUGUGUGUGUGUGUGUGUGUGUGUGUGUGUGUGUCUGAACAGUGUGGGAAUGUGUGAGAAAAAAGAGCAGACAAAGGUGGACGUUGCUCAGAGCGAGUGUGUCAGCCAGAGAGGACACACACUCUCAGCCAUCUGCGGCCGCAGGGACAUGUAGUCUGGUGCUUCUCUGCACUUUCUUUCCUUUUUUUUUCUUUUUUGGAGAUUGUCAGCAACGCAUUAUUCGGAUCGAUAAUCACGUCUGAGUGGAUUGAGUCCAGGGAGUAGAUCUUGUUCAGGGAUUAUGCAGCCUCCAACGACGGGAAGCCACAACCAUGAGAACUGUGUGCAGACACAACUGUGCGCCCAACUGGAGUUCGUCCAGAUCCUGGUGAUCAUGGUGGUGAUGAUGGUGAUGGUGGUCGUCAUCACCUGCCUGCUCAACCACUACCGCCUCUCGGCGCGCUCGCUGCUCGCCCGGCACUCGCCCGCGCGCAGGCGCCACCUGCCGCUAGCAAAUGAGGGGGCGCUGUGGUGCUCUGAUGGAACCAAUUCUGCUCUGACGGAGCAGCAGGUCUAUAAUCCCCGCCCACCCGAGCGAGGCACGGCUGUGUCCUACCUGCAGAGGGAGCCGUGUCACCAUGUUCCGUCACACUCUCACACGCCGGUGCAGUCGCAGCGCUUUCAGACCAGCUACGCUCAGAGUCGUUUCCAGCCCACCUACCCGUACCUGCCCCAGAGCCUCAUCGACCUCCCGCCCACCAUCUCGCUCUCAGACGGGGAGGAGCCGCCACCGUACCAGGGCCCCUGUACGCUGCAGCUCCGAGACCCUGAACAGCAGAUGGAGCUGAACCGAGAGUCUGUUCGAGCACCACCGAACCGGACUGUGUUUGAUUCCCACCCACUAGAUCCGUCCAAUUCCUGUCUUCAAGCCAGCCUGCAGGUGCCGCCACCCAGCGUCCACCCCGGUGUCAGCGUGUUGGAAGCCCAGGAGGCGUCGGCCCGCCAGCACAAGCAAGGCUCUCGGGAUCAAGCGGCCCCACCAACUUACAGCGAAGUGAUCGGCCACUUCUACCACCCGACGUCCUUGACGGUGGGGUCCUCGCAAACAAGUUCGCUGAUACACGGACUCCUACGACCACAGACGCAGCAGCAAGGACGCACAGACAGUCGCAAUGCGAAAAACGCUCAGGAGAAGCCCCAGCAUGUGUGACACUCACCCCGUACCUGCCGGGGAAAGGAGGGGCAGGUGAGUGAGCACCUGUACUCCCUCGGGCGGUAAGAAGGCAUCUGCAGAGAGACAUUGCAGAUGAAGUCAGACUCAUUCACAACGAAUAUUAGUUUUGUUGUUUACAUCCACAUUGUUUGUUUUUUUUUCGUGACAAAGUUACUUGCAAACGGCGCAAAAGUUGCAAUCGUCUUGGUUCUUCCAGGUUUCUUUUCCUCAAGAUAAUCCUUCGCUGCUCCGACCCAUACAUCAGCCUCUAGCGCCAUCACGGGAUCGUGUUAGCCUUUUAGAUUAGCCUAGCCUUUAUGUUAGCUCUUUAGCACAUGACCUCAAGCUAGGAGGCUGAUCGCAAAAAAAACAUGUGGGAGUCGUCUGAAAAAAAAAAAAUCUCAAGAGGGUUUGCACAAAGUCAUGACUGUUCACCACCGAGAGGGAAGAACUUGACAUGAUCAUUAUCCAGAAAGGUUGUAUUUUUCUAAGCAGUGAAUGAUGGUUCCUUUUUUAUAUGUCUUAGCAUUUGUGGAGUGCCAAUGUGUUUGAAUGAAUCCAGACAGACGGAGACGGGGAACGAACCUAGAAGUUAUUUAUGAAAUGGCUGAAAAGAAUUGCACUAUUGUAAGAAUGCUCAAAUGGAAUGACGUGCGAGUCUGUUUAUUUAGGACUUGAACAAGAGGAGAGAGAUCACCAGAGGGGGCAGCAGCGCCAGUUACCGUGACAAUAUAUCACUGGUGGACCCAGACCGUGGCGUGACCGACUUGGACGUAAUGUUACUGUACCAUUGAAUUCAAAACAAAAUCCCGAACUUAUGCAAAUGUCCGAGUCCCACGUGCAAAGUGCGAGUCAGCGUCCGAACCCCAGGGCCCAAUCAGAAACUCUGCAUGUAGCUAGCUUUUGUUUUCGACUUCAGCGAAGUGUUUGGCGAAUCCCAAAGCAGGCUCUCACUACCUCGACCAAACGAGUCAAGCACAGUUUAAUCAGACCUCGUCGCAUCAAACCUCUAAUCACGCGUUAGCAACACGUACAGCGCCGCAUCCCUUUGUUGUGUGAUUUGUAUUGUUAGCGUGGAAUAAGUUCAUGAAGCAGAGACGCAGAAUGUUGCCUUUGGAGUGACUCGGGGUGCAGCCAGGUGGCCAUGACUGCGCUGCUGCCCAGACUCUUUCAUGUCGUCCGACGCCUCGCUCUGGUGGGUCUCUCUCCUCGCAGGCAUCUCUGAGCACUUUACCACAACCUGGAAGUAGCAACAAUCCUGUCAGCCAGCACCAGCGCAUCACUCACUGGUUGAAGCCACACUUUAUGAGAUAAGGCAGUGACCCAAAUACUGAAGCGCAUCCGAGUAGAGACGUCCAUGAGUCCAGCUGAGACGUCUGAUGGAAGCAUUCUGAGGGAGGUCCUGUCACUCAAGAUGGCUUUUGAUGUGGACCUGUCAGGUUUCUUUCCCUUCAGCAGACGCUGGCCUUUAGUUGAACAUCACCUUAGGUGGUUCCAGGACUUUCUAUCCGGCUGAAAGAUCCGCCUACAGGUGGCAGGCCUGCUGGUGUUGGGACAGGACACGUUCCUGACACAUGACUCCCUUCGAGUUUGAAUCCACGGUUCAUUGGCUUCCUCUUGAGGACGUUUCAGUUUUUGGGUCGAAACUCGGACACGUUGCCGCAGAUGAGACACGCAGAAGUGUUGAAAAGUGACACGAGUGUCAGCAGCAACGUGCGCGUUGUCCUUCCUUUAAAGUGUGUGUGCAACCUUUUGUGGGAACCGCAGGCCCUGACAAAUCCAGAACCCUUUCCAGUCUUUAUGCAACAGCACCCUCUGCAGGGACAGAACCAAACUGUAGCCAAAACUGUUCUGAUCGAGGACGUGUAGGGUGGAGAGAGAAAGCCAAAAAAAGCAAGUUUUGAAAUGUGUCAACAGCCAGUGACUCAUCUGGUUGUCUGGGCCUCUAGCAAGGGCGGAUUUCUCGUCCACUGCAACAGAGGGCACCUUUCCUUGAAACAGACAAGGUGGUCAAUCAUAAUAAUAAAAGUCACCGCCACCACCAUCCAUGCAUUUCUGCCUUUGAAAGACAUAUAUAACAAGCACUUAGAAGAAUCCAAAGCAGCUGCAAGACUUGAUGACUUCCUUCCCUCAAGCGGUUCGGUUCCUGACAGCGGAGGGUAGGCAGCGGGUUUAAGAAGUCUGGACGGGUUCUGAUCAGGGUUGUGGACGGUGUUUUUGGUAAAAGGACAAACGCUGUGCUGGCUGACAUUCAGAACAACAAGACGGAGAGGAGAAGAGAAGAGCCCAGCGCAGAGACACACUUCUGCUGUAAGUUGUGUCCAGAACUGGGACUCAGACUUGGGCUGUUGAAAUCUGCCGCAGGAGCAUCAUUUGAAAAAAAUGAUAAUAAUAACUCAAUUAAAAAAAAAAGACUCCGAGGCAAGUGAAGACUUAAAAGGCUUCCCUCUGUUUCUUCUUCCUCUCCACCUGAGAGCACUUCCUGUUAUGUAGAGAUGCCUGUCCUCCAAUCGUAGACGCUCGUGCUGCCACUGGUCUCCUGCUUCAUUUUUGUUGUUGCUUUUUCAGAAAAGUGUGCCUGUGCUGGAGACGGGCACAACAUGGGAGGCGGCCUUGGGCUGUCAAUCAUCCCACGUCCCUCCUCGUCCCCGUCGAUGAGAUUGUGAGAGUGAUGAUGUUUGUUUCAGUAGUGAUGCCGCGGAGAGCGUUGCAAUACACCUAUGAUCUGCCUUUUUGAUAACGAUAGUCCUUCUUUAAAGUAGUGAGUCAUUGUCUUUCUUCUUUUAGUGUCUCUUACUUGCAUCACGUGAAACAAAACAAACAAUUGCGUGGGAAACUACCUAAUAAACACACACAGCAGAUCCACGACUUGUAAAUACCAGAAACUGUUCUUCUGCUUUCAAGUGCCCUUUAAAGAGUUGGAGAGCAAAACGAUGAGAUUCUUCUUUUAUCUUUGUUCAUUAACUGUCCAGACAGAACUACUUCUCCUUGUGUGCCUUCUUUUGUCUGGAUCAGUCAGUCAGAUGUUCAUUUCCCGUUGACGUGACGAUGACGUACGGAAGCCCACUCAUGCAAACAUCAUGUUGAAUCACGCUCGCCAUUUAAACUGACUCAGCACCCUGACAUCAUCUUGCUUGCCGAACGAUGCCAACUGAGUUACGUUUCGCGCUACUGGAACCUUGCUGAAACAGUGGCAGCACCCCUCAAAACUUAUCCAUUUUCCAUUCUAGGGUGCGCAGCACUACCUUCUAACCAGCUCGGGAGCACCUCAGUCCUCUCUAUAUGGACUUGUAUGUUCUUCCCAUGCUCACUCCAGUUUCCUCCCACGGUCCGCCACCUCCGUAAAGGAAAAUGCGGUGGAAGAUAAAUGAACAAAUGAUUGAAAAGAUUCCCUUCCCAAAACAGUUCAUUGCCACCCCAGGACGGUGGUCUGGUAGACAGGUUUGCUGUCCAACUCUAGCCAUUUCCAGUCACUGAUGAACUCUCUUGCGACUGACAGUUCAACAACGACAAAUAAAAGACACACGCUGGCGCAAAUUCCAACAUGAUGUGACUUGGCAUGAGUGGGCUUUUCAUUUGUGUUUGGUUUUUGUCAGUCCAAAGCUCAGGUUUGUUUCGCUCUGAGCUGAAGACGACAUUGUUCCGGACUCUGCAUCGUGGUGUUCUCCUUGGCUCUUUGAAUCAGUGCUGCAUGGCGCCUCGUCCAGAAAAUAUCUGAACCACUCUGGUAGCAUAAGUGUGCGUACCUUAAUCAUCAGUAUCUCACAGCAGCGUUCGGUCGGAGCUCCGGCUCUCGGAACACUGCUUGUGGUGGUGACCUGCAUGGCUCACACCGUAUCUAUAUUUACAGCUACGAGCUCUCAACUGUCGCUUCUCUGUACUCUUUAUUUAUAUUGAAUGUUUUGUUGUCGUCUUGUUGACCAGUUUGUUUUUCAUCACAGAACACGAAUCAGACAUCUCAGAUAUAGCCUUGUUAAAGAAAUAAACAUUUUAUAA